CAGGAAACACGGGAAGAGUUGGAUUACUGUACGCAAAGCUGUCUCCUGGGUUUACAUACCAAAGGCGAACUAGACUCCCAAUGCCCAAAUAUCGACCGCCAUCGCCUCUCACAGCCCACAAACCGAUACUUAAUCGACCAAUCCGACCUGGUACGUCUUCUGAAACAGCAACUAGACGCCCGCCCAGAUUACUACUGCGAACCACAUAGUCCCCCAAGCAGUAAAGGAGUCCCUCUAAAAAUCACCCUAAUACCACACGGCUACACAUUUAUCGGCAAAGGAACAACUGCCACCCUAUGGCUCGAAAUACGCCGCGAAGCCGACGUCUACCAAGUCUUACGCGCAUGUCAAGGCUCCGCAGUCCCCGUAUUCCUCGGCACCCUCGAUCUACACAAAACAUUCCUCAUGCACCCAAGUACAUGCAUUAGGCAUAUGCUGCUGUUAUCGUAUGCGGGUGAUCGGUCGAUCUCA